CAUCCCUGACCUAAUAAAAAUAAAUCAUGGUGCAGUUUUCACGAGCAGAUAUCCUCAAGCGCCUACGAGAAGUAAUAUCUUCUCGUCGCCCUAUUGUGGGCGCCGGCGCGGGGAUCGGCCUGUCUGCUAAAUCCGUCGAAGCCGGCGGCGCCGAUCUCAUCAUCAUUUAUAACUCGGGUCGCUACCGGAUGGCCGGUCGCGGUUCUCUCGCAGGCCUAUUGCCGUAUGGCGAUGCGAACGCUAUUGUUGUCGACAUGGCACGGGAAGUCUUGCCGAUUGUGCGACAGACACCCGUGUUCGCUGGUGUCUGUGGAACGGACCCGUUUCGAGACAUGCGACAAUUCUUAAGGCAGCUGAAGGGGCUAGGGUUCAGCGGUGUCCAGAACUUCCCGACCGUCGGACUUAUGGAUGGGAACUUCAGAACUGGCCUCGAGGAGACCGGAAUGGGCUAUGAAGUGGAGGUCGAUAUGAUACGAAUCGCUUCCAAAAUGGGCCUCGUUACCUCGCCCUACGUAUUCAAUGUUGAGGAAGCAGUCAGCAUGGCAAUAGUAGGUGCCGACAUCAUAGUCGCGCACAUGGGCUUGACGACGAGUAAGGGUAUCGGAGCGAAGACGGGGAAGACUCUAGACGAAAGCGUUAAGCUAAUUCAAGAUAUUCGAGACGCGGUGGUGAAGAUAAGAGAGGACGUGAUUGUCUUGUGUCACGGCGGCCCAAUUGCUGAGGUCAAGGAUGCGGAAUACGUUCUCACCCGAACGAAAGGAGUGCACGGAUUCUUUGGCGCGAGCAGCAUGGAACGUAUCCCAGUCGAGGUGGCGAUUACGGACAACACCAAGAGAUUCAAAGAGAUCCAUAUAGCCGAAUAAAAUUGUUAUGGCUCAUCAUAAUGUACCUAUUAUACUCGGAUAAAUUUAUAUUUUGAUAAAGAUCUCCGUUUCGUCCACCAUGUACGACAUAUUAUACGAGACGGAGGAGAGUAAACCGAGAUUUUGACUCCUUGCGGAUUGUUUCUAAGCAACCUAUAGGUACUAACUACUAUCAUACAGCGCUCAUCGAACCAACAUGUGCGGUAUCCUAUUCCCCCUCCUUUGAUCAGGUACGACCUCAAUACGCGGACAUGCCAUGAUACACACCCAAGAGGUACUCUGUCUUCUUGCCUCGCUCUAAACAAGCCACUCCCAUAUAUAUAUGUAGUUGGUGCUAGAUUAAUUAUCAAAAUCUCUCAAUACCUUCAUAUAUUCAACAGCCUCGCCAACAGCUCCUUCCACCAAACGCAAUAC